AUGGCGACUUCAAAACAUUUCCUUAAAAACCAUUUAUUUAAUCACAUACUUUUCCGCCAAGAAACAUUCGUGCUCGGGCGAAAAACCGAUUGUGACAAACUUAAUUCCCUUAGUUUUAGAUUUAACAACUUAGAAGGCGAAAUUUCAAAUGCCAUUGGAAACUUGAUCUCUCUUAAUCACCUUGAUCUGUCGGGCAAUCAACUUCAAGGAAAAGUACCAGCCUCUUUAGGAGAUCUUUGCAAAUUGAAGGAGAAGGAUUUGUCAUAUAAUGGAAUUAAUCAAGACAUAUCAGAAAUCCUACGGAGUCUGUCUAAAUGUUGUUUGGAGAGCUUAGAGUCAUUGAGUAUGAUAGAUAACCAACUUUCUAGCCAUUUAACUCAUAAACUUGGGCAAUUUAAAAAUUUAGCUUACCUGAACCUUGCUCGAAACAACAUUUCUGGUCCCAUUCCACUGUCAAAAGGGGAGUUAUCAUCUUUGAAGGACUUUGAGGUUUCAAAAAAUCAAUUAAAUGGAUCCCUUUCUGAAUUUGUUUGCAAUUCAUCAGUGGCAUCAUUGUCUGUUCUUAACAUUGAUACAAAUCUUCUCUCUGGAGAAAUUCCAGAUUGCUGGAACUUUUGGUGGAGUUUGAGGAUCUUAAAUUUGGAAAACAACAAUUUGACAGGAAUAAUCCUAUCUUCUUUGGGAGAUGCAAGUCUUGAAAUGCUAAACCUUCGGAACAAUAGCAUGUUUGGAGAAUUACCCUCCACUUUGCAAAGUUAUAGGAGUUUGGUUUUUCUUGAUCUCAGUGAAAAUCAUUUCAGUGGAAGAAUACCUGCAUGGAUUGGUGACAAGCUCUCUUACCUUAUGGUACUAAGCCUCCGGUCAAAUAACUUUGGUGGGCAUAUCCCUCAUCAAAUUUGCGCUCUUCAAUCUCUUCAGAUCUUGGACCUUGGACUCAAUGACAUUUCAGGAGCUAUUUCAAAAUGUUUGAGAAAUUUAAGUGCAAUGGCCACUAAAGAAAAACAAAGUAAAUACUAUUAUGAAGCGGAGAUGUUUGUUAGAAAUGCAUAUAGCAUCAAUUUUUUGAUGAGUGCGUCAUUGGUGCUGAAAGGGCGAGAGGACUUGAAUCUCCUAACAGGAAAUAUACCAGACAUCAUUGGUGACUUCAAGUUGAUGGAAUCACUUGAUUUGUCAAUGAAUCAUUUACAUGGUGGAAUCCCUUCAAGAUUCUCAAAUUUGAAUUUCUUGAAUCACUUCAACGUGUCCUACAACAACCUGACAGGACAAAUCCCAACAGAUACUCAGCUUCAAAGCUUUGAAAACUCUUCCUUCAUGGGCAAUCAUCUCUGUGGGCCUCUUGUGAGUAAAAGCUGUAGCACUAAAGGUGUUCCUACUGAAGCUACAAAGAAUGGAGAAAGCAGUGGAAGAAGUAGAGUGAACGGGUUUUAUGUGAGCAUGGUUGUUGGGUUUGUAAUGGGAUUUUGGGGAGUGGUGGCUCCCCUGUUUUUCAUCAGGUCAUGGAGUUUCAUGCAAGGAAGAAAAAUAACUCGGUUCAUAGCAACUGAACUGAAUUUGAUGUUGUAA